AUGUUCUUCGCUCGUUUCUUCGCGCUCUUCUUGUUCUUUGCUGUCUUCGGCAUCGCCUCCUCUGUGCCUUCCGUCGCCGCCGUACAGAAGAGGCAAGACAUUACUGAUAUCGAAGGCGUUUUCAACACGCUUAAGAGCUCCACUGACACUAUCCUGCCCCAGAUCACUUCCGCCGGUCAAUCUGGAAACGCGUCUGCUGCUACCGUUACCCCCCUCAUCAAUGAGUUGACCGCGGCUUUCAACACUGCGUCCUCCUCGUUGGCCUCCCUUCGGACCUCCAAUCGCAAGGCUCGCCGUCAAUCCGAGCCGGAAAUUUCCCUCCUUGUCGCUGGCAUUGUCACUGACGUUACCCAAUCUCUCGAUACACUCCUUGCGGACCUCUCCAUUGUCCCUGAAAUCGCCCCGCUCCUCGCUGGCGUCGAUGUCGCGCUCAACGCGACUUUGGCUGGGCUCGAGAUCCUCCUAGCUGGUGUUUUGACCCUUGUUUCGGUUUUGCUUGUCAAUGUUUCUGGGUUGCUCGAGAGUCUUUCCUUCGGUCUCACUCUGGCGUCGCUUGGCUUGUGA